UUCUCCAAAAAUCUAUAUAUAUAAUAUAAUAUAUAUAUAUACGUGUGUAAUCACCGCACCUCUUCUACAAGUGACCCCCAAUUAGGCCUCCUCCUCGGCGUCGUCGUCGUCGUCUCCGCGAUCGAUUCGAGCUAGGGUUUGGUGGGAGAUCGAGGAGGUGGAAACCCUAACCCUAGGGAGGCGGGGGCAAAUGGCGGCGGACGUGAGCUCGGUGGCGAGGAUGCUGAGGGGGUACGCGGAGGAAGGGGAGGCGGAGAGGGAGCUCGUGACGAGGGAUUUGCUCGGCGGAGGGGGAGGGAGCGGCGCCGCCGCCGCGAUCGGGGGAGAAGAGGUCGAUCUGGACGUGAAGGUGCCGUCGGGGUGGGAGAGGAGGCUCGAUUUGAUGUCCGGUCGGACUUAUCUUACUCCUCGUCAUGUCCAUGACCUCAAUUUCCCUCCUCCUUACUACGCCGCUGCCGCCACGGCCGCUGCCGCGGAUUUCAACCUUUUCUCCCCCUCCGUCGACUCCGCCGCCGCCGCAUUCUCGAGCAGCGUGUGCACGCUCGACAAGGUGCGCUGCGCCCUCGAGCGCGCCGCCGCCGCCGCCAAUCGUGUCGGCUCCGCCUCCCCCUCGCCGUCCUCCGCCACCACAUCCACCGCCUCGCCCUCUCCGAGGCACCGCCAGUCCCCGCGCGGGGAUACGAAUACGGAGAUGCGGGCCGCCGCCUGCCCGGCGUGCCUGACCUACGUGCUCAUCGCCAGCGCCGAUCCCCGGUGCCCGCGGUGCGACUCGCACGUGCCCGCGCUCUCCGCCGCCCCGCCCCCGCAGAAGAAGCCGCGGAUCGACCUCAAUGCCGCCGCCGCCGCCGACGAAACCGACUGAGCUAGUCCUUUGUUAUUUUGAGCCUCACUCAUAUGAGCCUGCGCGCAUGCAAAUUCUUUUUGUGUGUUUGAUAUUCCAAUAAAAAUGUAUGUAUAAAUCAUUAAUAUAUAUAUAUAUAUAUAUAUAUAUAUAUAUAUAUAUAUAUAUAUAUAUAUAUAUA